ACACACACACACACACACACACACACCCUUUAUUUUGAUUAUUAAAUGGUGGUGGUGAUGGUGACGACGUUGAUUACUGAUUAUAAUUGUUCAAUUGUAAUAACAUAGUUGGUUAUGCUUUUAUCAAUUCGAAUGACAAUAAUUAAAUUUUAAAAAGUGGUCAUAACGAAAUGGCUGGUUCAAGAACGUUAUUAAUGAAAAUUUUAAUUGCUAUUUUAUUGCAAUUAUUAUUAUUAAAUGAAAAUAUUGAUGAUGCCGGUGUGUUUGCUCAUGUUAACCAGCUGACACUUAAUGAUGAUAAAGAAUCACCAAAAAUUACGUGGCUUUUUAGCAAUAAUAAUGAUAAAUUAAGAAUACGUCGUGAUGUUGUCAUAGAAAUACCAAAUGACCAAAAUGAAAAUGACAAAAAUAAUCAAGCCAAGUAUAUUAUAAAAAAUGUUAAAUGUCAAGAAAUUAUCAAACGACUUUGUGGUCCAAUUGAUAAUAAUAAUGAUGAUUUAUUUAUUUUAGAGUGUGCACAAACUUUCAAGCCAAAUGAAGUAUCAACAAUUGAGCAUGACUGUCAACAUGAAAUUUGGAAACACAUGAUUAAUUUAACUGACAAUGAAACUGUUGAAAGAUUAACAAAAAAAAAUUGUGGCAAUGAAAUUGAUAAUUUAAUGUGUAAAGUUAAAAAUCAAGAACCAGGUAGUUAUCUUGCUUGUAUUAUUGAAAAACGUGAAAAUGUUAAAGAACAAAUGUGUUCAGAGUAUAUACAACGUUUGGAGUAUGUUGCAUUUGGUGAUUUUAAAAUAUACACACCAAUGGUAAGUGAUUGUCAGGAUGACAUUGAUAAAUUUAAAUGUGGAAGAAUUCAACCACAUCGUGAAAUAUCACAAGGACAAAUGUUAGCAUGUCUACAAGCAAAUGUUAAUGAGCUUGAUGUAAAAUGUAAAAAAAGAAUAUUUAAAAUAUCAGAAAUACAAGCUGAUAAUAUUAAAUUAGAUAGACAACUAUACAUUGAAUGUAUGCAAGAUCAUAUAAGAUUUUGUUCAAAUAUACAUCCAGGAAGUGGACAGGGAUACAAAUGUUUGAUGCAAUAUAAAUUAGAUCGUUUAAUGACUAAAAAAUGUCAAGAUCAAUUGGAUAGAAGAGAAAAAUUAAUAGCAUCAGAUUAUAAAGUUAGUAAAGGUCUUGUUAAAGCUUGUAAAGAAGAUAUUAAAUUAUAUCAUUGUCGUAGAUAUGUUUCUGAUGAUAAAGAAAUACGUCUUGCACAAAUAUUGCUAUGUCUUGAAUCAGCAUCUAAAAAUGGUACAAAAUUAAAUGUUGAAUGUCAAAAAGAAAUAUUUGAUCAUCGUAAAAUUCUACUUGAAGAUUAUAGAUUAUCACCAGAAAUUGUUGAUGGUUGUGCACGUGAUAUACCAAAAUUUUGUAAAGGUUUAGAAGUUGGUGGUUUGACAAUCCAUUGUUUAAUGGAACAUACAAAAUCAAGACGUAUUAAAUCAAGAAUAACAAUUGAAUGUCAACGUGCAUUAGAAGACUUGGUAAAACAAACAGAUGCUGGUGAAGAUUGGCGAGUUGAUCCAGUACUUCAUGAAUCAUGUCAAUCAGUUGUUGAUACAUCAUGUAAAAAUAUACGUGGUGGUAAUGCACGUGUUAUAUUAUGUCUUAUGGAAAAAAUUGGUACUGAUAAAAUGGUUGAAUCAUGUGAAACUGCAUUACUACAAAUACAAUAUUUUGUUGCUCGUGAUUUUAAACUUGAUCCACAAUUAUAUAAAGCAUGUAAAUCAGAUGCAAUAAAUUAUUGUCAUGCUAAAAAAUCAUGGUCUGAUGAUGGUUUACAAAUGGAUCCAGAACGUGGUCCAUUAAUAUUACCAUGUCUUUAUCGUUAUUUUGAUUAUCAAAAAUAUAAUAUAAGCUUAAAACCAGAAUGUCAUGAACAAAUACGUAGAGUUAUGAGACAACGUGCAAUAAGUGUUGAUUUACAACCAGAAAUUGAAGAUGCAUGUUUUAAAGAGUUAUCAACAUCUUGCUAUGAUAAAGUUGCUAAAGGUGAAGAAAUAUUAUGUUUACAAAAUAAUAUUGAUGAACUUAAUGAUAAAUGUAAACAAGCUGUUAGUAAUUUAACUGAAGAUCAAGGUGAACAUGUUGAAUUAAAUCCAGUAAUAAUGUCAACAUGUCAAAAAGUUAUGGAAAAACAUUGUGAUAAUGUAUUAAAAUAUAAUAAAGAUAAUGGUGAUAUGAUGGAAUGUCUUAUUGAACAUAAAAAUCAAUUAGAUUCAAGUUUUGAAUAUAAAUGUAAAGCAGCAAUUGAACAUUUUCAAUUAAUAUCAUUAAAAAAUUAUCAUUUUACAUAUAAAUUCAAAGAAGCAUGUCAACCAUAUGCUAAUCGUUGGUGUCAUAAAGCAACAACAAAGUCAAAAGUCAUUGAAUGUCUUAGUAAUAUUAUACAAAAUGAUAUUAUUCAAGAUUCAUCACAUAGAAUAUUAAAAAAUUGUCGUCAACAAUUACGUGCACAAUUAUAUCAACAAAGAGAAAAUAUUAAUUUUGAUCCAAUAUUAAAAGUAUCAUGUUCACAAGAUAUACGUAAAUAUUGUUUUAAUAUUGAAGCUGGUAAUUCACAAAUACUUGAAUGUUUAGCAUCACAUAAAAAUAAAUUAAAUGAUAUGUGUCAUAAAAAUUUAUUUAAAGUUAGAAAACAAGAAUUUCAAGAUUCAUCAACUGAUUAUUUAUUAUUAAAUUCAUGUAAAUCAAUGAUUAGACAAUAUUGUCAUGAUAAUGAUGAAGAACAUGAUAAAAUAAAAGCACUGGAUUGUUUAAAAAAAUAUAAAGAUGAAACAAUGUUUGAUGAUAAAUGUAAAAGUAUUGUUAUUAAAAGAAUGAUUGAACAAAAUACUGAUUACAGAUUUAAUCCAGCAUUACAAUCAUCAUGCUCAAAAGAUAUUGCAAAUCAUUGUAAAGAAGUAUUAAAUAUUGAGCCAUUAGAUAAAGAACUUGAGGGUAAAGUUAUAAGAUGUCUUAAAAUUAAAUUUCGUGAAUCUCAAUUAACAUCAAGAUGUCAAAAACAAAUUACUACGUUAUUACGUCAAGCAGCAUUAAAUUACCAUUUAAAUCCAUUAUUAGUAGCAAUGUGUGGACAAGAAAUACAAACAAUAUGUAGUUCACAUACUGGUGCUGCUGCUGCUGCUGCUGAUAAUGGUGAUAAUAAUAAUAGUGAUGGUGAUGAUGAUGAUGAUGAUAAUGAUCCAGGUAGAGUUGAAGAGUGUUUAAAAAUUCAAUUAAAUAAUGAAAAUCCAGAAAUGAGAGAAGAGUGUAGAGUUGAAGUUGCUAAUCUCAUUGAAGAAACACGAGCUGAUAUUCAUGUUGAUCCAUUAUUACAAAAAGCAUGUGCUAUUGAUGUUGCAAAAUAUUGUAGUGAUGUACCACAAGGAUCAGGAAGACAUAUUAAAUGUUUACAAAAUUCAAUGAAUGACAAUAAAAAACCACUUCAACCAGAUUGUUAUAAAAUGUUGUCAACGAGAAUUGAAAUGUUUAAUAAUGUUGCUAAACUUCAUUUACCAAAUACAAUGCAAGAACUUUAUACAACUGUUAAUCAUUCACCAGCUAGACGUUUUUUUAUGAUUGUUGGCUUGACAAUGGUAGGAUUAUUCUUCAUUGUUGGUCUAUUUUGUGGAAGAAUAACACGACGAACAGUUAUGAUGAAAAACAAAUAAAAACAAUUUAAUAUUUAAAAUUUUUUUAUUCAAAUAUACAGUCAACAAAAAAAUUAAAUUUAUAUAUAUGAGAUAUAUUAAUUGGGCUUUGGCUCAAUAAGCCAAUAAAUUUUUUUUUUUUAUUUAUCAAUUUUUUUCAUAUAAUCUUAAUUAUGUGUAUGAAAUAAAAAAUAUUACUUUUUUAAAUGAAUAUUGUUUUUUUAUUUGACAAAAGCUUUUUUUUUUUGCAUUUUAAAACAACUAGUUAUUUUUUUUUUUACAAAAUAUCUUUAACAAAUGCUUCUAAGCAUCAUGUUAAUUUAAAAAGUAUAAAUAAAUAAAUUAAUAAUAAUUGAAAUAUUUAUAAA